AUGGACCGGCGGGAUUCCCAAUGCCCUUAUGUGGCCGGCAAUACGAUCAAACUAUACCUCAAAAUAAAAGGCGAAGAGUUAGCGACCGAUGCCGAAGUCAUCAGAUUAUUCGAACCAUUCACCCUCUCAUCCGCGAUGGUCGUGCGCAUAGCCUGUUCUUCUUUGGCAAGGGAAGGAGAUAUGGUGUUGAAGCUUUUUGACCGACAAUUUGCGACGCAACUCCAGGAAGAUGAGAAACUUCGCCCUUGGACUUCGGAUAUUGAGAGGGGAUAUCAUCAAUUCGUCCUUGACGGCGGUGCGUCUGAUUUCAUCACUGAGCUCAAAAACAACGGCGAGAUAGCCCAUCAAGGCGAAACAUGGAAUACAUGCCAAGAUGAAGACUACCUUCAUGAUCAUUUAUCCGAUCUCUAUGAAACGGAGGCUCAGAUAUAUGAUGCCUUGAGGGAUCUACAAGGACAUGAUGUUCCUCAACCUGUUCCCUGCGUCAAAAUGCCCGGAUUUAGCUUGACAGACCCAAAGCCAGUCAGCGAGCUCAUUGGCGUUUCUGGAAUUCUUUUACAGUACAUUGAUGGCUUUCCUCUAACCGAUAUCUCCCAUUACACUCAAAGGGAACAGUGGCAGAGUAUUUGCGAAGAAGCUAUUCAAAUACUUCAUCGGAUAGGCGAUCGAGGGGUAUUAAACGAGGAUGUCCAAACGCGAAGUUUUAUCGUGCAGAAGGAUAAAGCGUGUUCGGAAAAGGGAUACAAGGUUUUCAUGAUUGACUUUGCCCUCUGCAACUUUCGCAAGGAUUAUGCAGACGACAAUAACUGGAGUGAGUCGAAGGCAAUACAGGACGAAGAGGGGGCAAUUGGGCUUAUCAUGCAAGACCGCUUAGAGGGUGGAUUUGUCUACAGUCGAUCUAACCGAUACAAGAAGCCGGCUCAUUAUUACGAAUGA